CCUCUUCCUCCUCCUCCUCGUGAACGCGCUCCGCUCUGUGCGCGCGGCCCGCGAGUGAACAGCGACUCUAACAUUCGCGCCGUUUCUUUAUAUUAUCUCUCUCACAGCGCGAGACCGCGAACAAACAAACAGGUAAACAAAUAUACAAACAGAUAAACAAACCGGUAAACAGAUAAACAGAGUAAUAAACAGCAGCGGAGAGCAGGAUGGGCGGGAAGGAGCGGUGAGGAAAAACCGGAGCUCGCGCGCAGAGAGAGAGACUGAGACGGGGGCUGUCCAUCAUUCGUGCCCCGUCCACCGAGGUGGGUUAAGAUGAGUAUAACAAGCGAUGAAGUCAACUUUCUGGUGUACCGAUACCUCCAGGAGUCCGGUUUCUCACACUCUGCGUUCACCUUUGGCAUUGAGAGCCACAUCAGCCAGUCCAACAUUAACGGCACACUAGUGCCCCCUGCUGCUCUCAUCUCUAUACUACAGAAGGGCCUCCAGUACGUGGAGGCUGAGAUCAGCAUCAAUGAGGACGGUACAGUGUUUGAUGGGCGGCCGAUUGAGUCUCUGUCGCUGAUUGACGCGGUGAUGCCGGACGUGGUUCAGAGCCGGCAGCAGGCGUUUAAAGAGAAGCUGCAGCAGCAGCAGCAGCAGCAGCAUGGAGGCGGGUCUACGGCAGCCACCGGCGGCGGGCAGACCAGUGUGGUGAAGAACGGGGAGACCACCGUCAAUGGUCAGGAGAACGGCACACACGACCUGAAUAACCACAGCGAGGCCAUGGAGGUGGACGAUGAGGUGGAGAUUCCAGCCAGCAAGGCCACAGUUCUGCGGGGCCACGAGUCCGAGGUGUUCAUCUGUGCCUGGAACCCUGUUAGCGACCUGCUAGCGUCCGGCUCGGGUGAUUCAACAGCAAGGAUAUGGAACCUGAGUGAGAACAGCAACAGCAGCUCCACCCAGCUGGUCUUGCGCCACUGCAUCCGCGAGGGGGGGCAGGACGUCCCCAGCAAUAAGGACGUCACCUCGCUGGACUGGAACAGUGAUGGAACUCUUCUAGCUACUGGGUCCUACGAUGGAUUCGCAAGAAUAUGGACAAAAGAUGGUAAUCUCGCUAGCACUUUGGGUCAACACAAAGGCCCUAUAUUUGCACUGAAGUGGAAUAAGAAGGGGAACAGUAUCCUGAGCGCAGGAGUCGAUAAGACGACAAUCAUCUGGGAUGCACACACCGGAGAGGCCAAGCAGCAGUUUCCCUUCCACUCAGCUCCGGCUCUGGAUGUAGACUGGCAGAACAACACCACCUUCGCCUCGUGCAGCACAGAUAUGUGCAUCCAUGUGUGCAGACUGGGCAGCGACAGACCGCUAAAGACCUUUACAGGACACACAAAUGAAGUAAACGCCAUUAAGUGGGACCCCAGUGGAACACUGCUGGCAUCCUGCUCUGAUGACAUGACUCUGAAGAUCUGGAGUUUGAAGCAGGACUCGUGUGUUCACGACCUUCAGGCUCACAGUAAAGAGAUCUACACCAUCAAAUGGAGCCCCACCGGCGCCGGCUCCAACAACCCCAACGCCAACAUCCUGCUGGCCAGUGCGUCGUUCGAUUCCACGGUGCGACUGUGGGACGUGGACCGGGGCGUCUGCAUCCACACGCUGACCAGACACCAGGAGCCGGUCUACAGCGUGGCCUUCAGCCCCGACGGGAAGUUCCUCGCCAGCGGCUCGUUCGACAAGUGUGUUCACAUCUGGAGCACGGCGAGUGGAGCUUUAGUGAACAGCUACAGAGGAACCGGGGGAAUAUUCGAGGUCUGCUGGAACAGCACUGGAGAUAAAGUCGGGGCGAGCGCAUCAGACGGAUCUGUGUGUGUUCUGGAUCUGCGGAAAUAGACGCCACACAGCUGAACUCCUUCAUUACACCUGAACUCUCCCACACAGGGUUAAGAUCGGCCAAUCAGCAGCAGCGCGGCUACGUCCAGAAGAACAGAAUCCAGAACCUGAGUGAAGGAGGGGUUUGGAGCAGAGGAGCGCCGACCGCCAAUCAGCCAGCAAGGCUUGGGUGCAGGAUUACCACGCCGGGCCUGAGGACAGUUCGGGCAGUUCGGCUGCGGCGCUGAAACGAUGGUGAUGGAGGUGCUGGUGGAGAUGUUAUAUAUAUAUAUAUGUAUAUAUUCUCCAGGCUCUCUCUCUCUCUGUUUAAGCCGUGCUGUGUUGAGGCGAUUGGGUGGAUCAGCGCACUGAAGCCUUUCUAAAGCUUGGAGAGUUCUAAUGGUUCCAGCACUGAUGUGUGUGUGUGUUCUUCAGACGUUCUUCAGAUUUUUAUUUCUAAAACGAAAUCGUACGGACUUUUAAAAGGACAGAUACGUUCCCGGCAGAGUCGAGCUCAUCGUUACUACUGAGGUCAGUGGAUUAGCUCGGCCGCCCAGAGUUUUUAACCGUUUUUAAAUGUGAUGGGAUUACGUUUAUCGGAUACGAGAGAAAGGACGGCCGUCGCCCUCUGGAUGUAAAUUUUAUCGAAUGUAUAGAUAUGUAAAUUAGAAGCAUACACAGAUUUUAUAUACUGUGUAUAUAUGUUUUUAUGCCGGACACGUAGACAUCGUCCUCCUCCUCCUCCAGGAGCUUCGGCCUCGCGCUUUGCUUCCGCUAACGCUGAGUUUCUGCGCUGCUGGGAUUCGGGUUCUGGGAGAAUCGGACGCGCCCGGCUGCCGGUGAAGCUCGUGAUUCAGAAGCUGAAGACUGUAUUUUACUGUACUGUAUUUUAUGUGCCUCAAAAUCUCUCCUUUUUGCAAGCAAGCGAGGAACUAGGCAGUGUUCUCAACCCAGGUUCUGUUUUUUUUCACACCGGUUCGUUUUUACAGGUGUAAACGUAGCGUACUUGGCUGUAUCAGACAUAUAGCUAUACGUGUUAGAGCCGACAGGGGGCGCACUGGACACCCUGUAGACCCACAGCAUUGUACAUUUUUUGUUUCAUUUAUUUCUCUUUAAUACGAGUCUUUAAAAGAAAACACCAAAUCAAGGGUAUUUUUGUUUCCUGCUGAGAUCGUCUGGGUUUUUUUGUUUUUUCUUAAUAUAAUUUUCUUUUCAUUUCUGUUUGAAAAUUCAAAUAAAAAAUGCAAAGACUUUC